UUCCGCCCUAUUGCUUUCAAUUAACUGUUGAGGCAGCGCGCGCAACAGGUCACUUCCGGGAGGGGAAAGCCGCACUUACCUAGCGGCAACAUGGAUGCUGCCAGCGAAAGCGAAGAGCCGGUUUCUGGGGAAGCGUUGUCCAUCGCCCAUGCUCUUUCUUACCCUCCCGAGUCAUAUGGCAACGACCCUGAUAUUGAAAUGGCUUGGGCCAUUCAAACAAUGCAGCAUGCUGAAGUCUAUUAUAAACUGAUUUCAUCAGUUGACCCACAGUUUCUGAAACUCACCAAGGUGGAUGACCAAAUCUACUCUGAGUUCCGGGAAAAUUUUGAGACACUCAGGGUAGAUGUAUUGGACCCAGAAGAACUCAAAUCAGAAUCAGCUAAAGAGAAGUGGAGGCCAUUCUGUUUAAAAUUCGAAGGGAUCGUAGAAGAUUACAACUAUGGUACUUUGCUGCGACUGGAUUGUUCUCAGGGCUACACUGAAGAGAACACUAUCUUUGGUGAGAAUAUCUCAAUAAACGGUGACAGAAAUUUGAUAAGUAAAUGGCAGUCAUUGAAACUGGAUGAAAAUAUGUGAUGGGAUGAAAUACUUAGGUCUCAGAUAACCACACAAAAUGCAAAGACUAAAAGGUAACUCCACCAGAAAUUCCAGUCAUUAAAUGCCAAAAGGGAGAAAAGUGGGAAAUAGCAAGGAGUUUUUAAGGCAGUUGCUUAAACUGAAGAUCCAAUAGUGUUUGUACUUCCUCCCUUCUUGACAGUAGUAUUAUUGACAUUCAGGAUUUAACUGAAAUUAUCUUCUAAUGAGUUCAGAUUAAAUGACUACUUUUCCAGGUACAGCCCAUCAUUCCUAGCAAAAUCUAAGCUCUCUAGAAGAGUACAUGGAAUUGUCAUUUCAUUUUUAUCUCUUACAAUUUAUUCCUAAACUCUGUACAACCAGGGUUUUCUUCCACCACUCUACUUUGGUUGCUCACAAUGUAGGUAAUAACAUACGAAUUGAUAAAUCCACUGAUCACUUAUCAAGCACCAAUCUUUUAGUGACUUUUGACAUAAUUAUUUUUUUACCUCUCUAAACAUAUUACACACAUUGAAAUAAUAGUU